AUAACAUAUUUAUGUGGGUGAAGACUAUAUACUUAGAAAGAUGAGUUUAUAUGCGGCGUUUCGCUCUCAAGUUCAAUUCGCGUGGCUGGAAGCUAUAAGGAGGGGGGUUUGUUGCUCCUCCGAGACGAGGGCCGCCGGCAUCGAAGAUUCGAAGUGCUAUCGUGCGAGCGAUUUCGACAUGGGCGAUCCGGGAAUGGAGGAGGUGCUUCCCCAAGGCUGCAUCGCCCACGCCCUCUCCUUCACGUCGCCCCGCGACGCCUGCCGCGCCUCCGCCGUCUCCACCACUUUGCUAUCCGCGGCGGCUUCGGACGCCGUCUGGGACCGCUUUCUCCCCGCCGAUCUGCAGUCCGUCCUCGCCCGCGCCGAUCGCCCCGUCGACUGCUGCUCCAAGAGGGAUCUCUUCUUCCGCCUCUGCGACGAGCCGGUGCUCGUGGACGGCGGCAAGAUGACUUUCUCACUGGAUAGAUCGAGCGGAGCAAAAUGUUACAUGCUUUCAGCCAGAGCGUUGUCGAUUCAGCGGGGAGAUACAGAGCACUGCUGGCGCUGGGUUUCACAAACUGAUUCCAGGUUCUUAGAGGUUGCUGAACUAAUCAAUGUGUGCUGGUUGGAGGUCCAAGGAAAGAUCCAUAGUAAAACCCUUUCUUCAAAAACAACAUAUGCCGCCUAUCUUAUCUUCAAACUCUCCAAUCACUCUUACGGUCUGGGUCAUCCGCUUCAGGAGGCAUCGGUGAAGAUCGGAACACAGUCGUCUACUACUGCAAUUUGCUUGCAGCUCAGUGACAUGUAUGCUCAUUUGCGCGCUCGGAGACAUAGGGUGGCUCAGUUCGGGCAGGGUUUAUGUUCGAGGCAACGACUAUUGACCGUCGAAGAAACUCAAGAGGCAGAAGAGGAAGUCGAGGGAAUCGGUGGGCGUGUUCCACGGCCGAGGGAUGAUGGAUGGAUGGAAAUCGAAUUAGGGGAGUUCUAUAACUAUAGGGAAGAGGGUGAGGAUGGGGAGGUGCACAUUCAUUUGUUAGAAGUGAAAGGAGGGCAUUGGAAGAAUGGUCUAAUAAUCGAAGGGAUUCAAAUAAGGCCUAAGAGGUCUACUACUAGGACCAAAGGUUCGUCGAACUUAACCGUUUACGAUCGAUCAAGCUCUACUACUAGGCCGAGGCCGGUUGCAUUUCGACACUAAUAAUAUGUUUUAUGCAUUGCAAGUAUAACCCUAUUCAAAAUUAUAUAUUUAAAAU